AUGGGGCCGUAUAUCCGCGUUAAGAGAAGGAAUCAGACGGUCUUUCUGGAUGUACAGCUGACAGACACGUUCUUAAGUGUGAAGGAAAAGCUUGGGCUGUUGUUUCAAUUGCCAUCGACCAGUAUUCAACUCUGGCAAGGACUGGAUCAGAAAGAAAGCAAAGAGAUGACAGAUGCAGCGACACUUGUAGACCAUGAAGUGCAAAAUGAUGCUGUGAUCUACAUGUGCUGGAAGAAAGAGAAUUCGGAUCAAUGGGAAGAACUGAGUGUGACCAAAGUGGAAGCUCUUGAUGCUGGAGAUGGUACAAGCUCAAUGGGGGGCAAUGGAUCAGGAAGAAACGGAGUGAAGACGGACUCGUAA